UGGUCGUGGCAGAGCAGAGAUGUAGUGCAGCUCUCUGGGACUCCGUGGCCAGCCGAUCACUCUCACCGGGGAACAUUUGUCCGACAUUACCGCGGAAUAGGAAUGACCGGAUUACCUUUUUUGCACACCUAUACUGCAUGAAUGUGUCGCGUAAUGCGGCCGAGGAGAGCUGCCUUUGGGGGGAAAUAUUUAUGUUUCGGGACGGUUUUGUUGGAGUAGCUAGUUGCUAGCGCUGGGCUAGCGACUGUGCUGUCUACUUCCUAACGUAUUUGUUAAGAUGCUUCGGUGGAUACGACAACAGCUGGGCUUUGACCCCCCCCAUCAAAGUGACACCAGGACGAUUUAUGUAGCAAACCGCUUCCCUGAGCAUGGCCACUACAUACCGCAACGCUUUGCCGACAACAGAAUCAUCUCCUCCAAGUACACAGUUUGGAAUUUCAUCCCUAAGAAUCUGUUCGAGCAGUUCAGAAGGAUAGCCAACUUCUAUUUUCUCAUUAUCUUCCUUGUACAGCUAAUGAUAGACACCCCAACUUCCCCUGUCACCAGUGGCCUGCCUCUCUUCUUUGUGAUCACAGUAACUGCCAUAAAACAGGGCUACGAGGAUUGGCUGAGACACAAGGCAGACAACGAAGUGAACGGGGCUCCAGUGUUUGUGGUUCGCAGUGGAUGUCUCGUCCAGACAAAAUCCAAGAACAUCAGAGUGGGGGACAUUGUCCGAGUGGCUAAAGAUGAGACGUUCCCAGCUGACCUGGCGCUGCUGUCUUCAGAUCGUGAGGACGGCACCUGUCACAUCACCACAGCCAGCCUCGAUGGAGAAACCAACCUUAAGACUCACUUCUCUGUGGCGGAGACAUCAGUGUGUCAGUCGGUGACCCAACUGGAGGCUCUGCAGGCUGUGGUGGAGUGUCAACAACCAGAAGCCGACCUGUACAGGUUUGUCGGUCGGAUUACGAUUACUCAGCAAGAUGAGGAGAUAGUCAGACCGCUGGGUCCUGAGAAUUUGCUGCUACGAGGAGCCAGGUUGAAAAAUACCAAAGAGAUUUUUGCCGUGGCGGUUUACACAGGGAUGGAGUCCAAGAUGGCGCUCAACUAUAAGGGCAAGUCUCAGAAGCGCUCUGCAGUGGAGAAGUCCAUGAACACCUUCCUCCUCAUCUACCUGGGCAUCCUGCUGUUCGAGGCCAUCCUCAGCACCAUCCUGAAGUACGCCUGGCAGGCUGAGGACAAAUGGGACGAGCCUUUCUACAACCAGAAGACUGAACAAGAGAGAAACAGCAGUCCGAUCUUGAAGUUUAUCUCAGACUUCCUGGCAUUUCUGGUCCUCUAUAACUUCAUCAUCCCCAUCUCGCUCUACGUUACUGUGGAGAUGCAGAAGUUUCUUGGCUCCUUUUUCAUUGGCUGGGAUAUGGACCUUUACCACGAGGAGACCGACCAGAAAGCUCAGGUCAACACAUCUGACCUCAACGAGGAGCUGGGACAGGUGGAGUAUGUGUUUACAGAUAAGACGGGUACGCUAACGGAAAACGAGAUGCACUUCCGUGAGUGUUCAAUCAAUGGCAUCAAGUACCGGGAAGUUAACAGCAAACUGGUGCCGGAGGGAAUGACUGACGAUUCACCAGACGCUUCUACACCUCACCUGAUGGGUGAGGAAUUAUUAUUUCUCAAGGCGGUGUCCUUGUGUCACACGGUUCAGAUCAGCUACGAUCAGCCAGACGGGGGCGGAGACCCAUUCUCCCAUUCAAACGGUUUCUCUUCCAAUCACAUAGAGUACUACGCCUCUUCACCUGACGAGAAAGCUUUAGUAGAGGCAACAAAGAGGCUGGGAGUGGAAUUCACUCGCUGCAGUGGAGAGACCAUGGAGAUCAAAACAUUUGGCAAGUCAGAAAAAUACAAACGGCUCCAUGUGUUAGAGUUUGACGCUAACCGCAGGAGGAUGAGCGUCAUACUGCAGACUCCCUCAGGUGGCCAAGUGCUGUUCACCAAGGGCGCUGAGUCGGCCAUCUUGCCUUUCGCUACCAGUGGUGAGAUCGAAAAGACGAGACUACACGUUGAUGACUUUGCCUUGAAAGGAUUGCGGACCUUGGUUGUAGCAUGUCGUCACUUCAGCCCGGAGGAGUACAUUGAUGUGGACAGGCAUCUGAACGCAGCCCGCACCGCGCUGCAGCAGAGGGAGGAGCGGCUGCAGGAGGCCUUCAGCUACAUCGAGAGAGAUCUGCAUCUCCUUGGAGCAACGGGGGUCGAGGACAAACUCCAAGACAAAGUCCAGGAGACCAUCGAGGCUCUGCGUCUGGCAGGGAUCAAAGUAUGGGUGCUGACAGGGGACAAACAUGAGACGGCGGUCAGCGUCAGCCUGUCCUGCGGACACUUCCACAGAACCAUGAACAUCCUGGAGCUCCUGCAGCAGCGCUCUGAUAACGAGUGUGCUGAGCAGCUCCGCAGACUGGACAGGAGGAUCAAGGAGGACCAUGUCAUACAGCACGGGUUAGUCGUGGACGGGGCCAGCCUGUCUUUAGCGUUGAGGGAACACGAGAAACUCUUUAUGGAAGUGUGUAAAAACUGUUCAGCUGUGCUGUGCUGCCGCAUGGCCCCGCUGCAGAAAGCUAAGGUGGUGCGUCUAUUUAAAACCUCCCCAGAGAAACCAAUCACCCUAGCUAUUGGGGACGGAGCCAAUGAUGUCAGUAUGAUACAGGAAGCUCAUGUGGGCAUAGGUAUCAUGGGGAAGGAGGGUCGUCAGGCCGUGAGAAACAGUGACUAUGCAAUCCCCAGGUUUAAGUUCCUGGCUAAACUUCUGCUUGUCCACGGUCACUUUUACUACAUUCGAAUAGCUACGCUUGUACAGUACUUUUUCUACAAGAACGUGUGUUUUAUCACGCCCCAGUUUUUAUACCAGUUCUUCUGUCUGUUUUCACAACAAACUCUGUAUGACAGUGUUUAUCUGACACUGUACAACAUCUGCUUCACCUCGCUUCCCAUCCUGGUGUUCAGCCUGUUUGAACAGCUGCUCCAUCCACACGUACUGCAGAAUAAACCUGGCCUGUACAGGGACAUCAGCAAGAACUCCCUGCUGUCUUUCCGGACGUUCCUGUACUGGACUCUGUUGGGCUUCUGUCACGCCUUCAUCUUCUUCUUCGGAUCCUACAUACUGAUGGGAGAUGACACCACGCUCAUGGGCAAUGGACAGAUGUUUGGGAACUGGACAUUUGGAACGUUGGUCUUCACGGUCAUGGUCAUCACAGUCACAUUAAAGCUUGCUUUAGAGACUCAUUUCUGGACAUGGAUGAACCAUUUUGUGACGUGGGGUUCAAUUGCCUUCUACUUCAUCUUCUCCCUCUUCUAUGGAGGCAUCAUCUGGCCCUUCCUCCACACGCAGGACAUGUACUUUGUAUUCGUGCAGCUUCUGUCCAGCGGCUCUGCCUGGUUCGCCAUCAUCAUCAUCGUCAUAACUUGCCUCCUCCCCGAUGUGGUGAAGAAGGUGUUCUACCGACAUCUGCAGCCCACCAGCACACAGAAGAGUCAGUCUCUAUCAGCCCCCCCGGCCCUCAGCUGUGUGGAGUCCCUGUGCUGCUACCAACAUGGGCAGAGCGGCUGUUCCCGCCUGGCCUCCCUCCUGGAGCGAAUGACCGGGCAGUGCCAGGCCAGCGCCAACAAUUGCCACGCAUCCAGCCGCAGCAACAGGUCUUGGAGCGACACGGAGAACUUCGGCUCCAGCGACCGCAGCAUCCUGACGCUGUCGCCCAUCGAGGUCACCCACUGCUGACCCCCGGGGGGGGGCUGUCAGUGACACACAGAGCUUGGGCUGGGGCUGGGGGGGG